AUGAGAGACCCUCGGCGCCGCGAAAGCCUCAUCGCCCAGAUCAUGGCUUCGACCUCAACCGACGAUGCUGUGGAGCGCACGAAACAGUUCUACGAGCUGAGGUGCCGGUGCGAUGAAAAGAGCUGCCGGUCGUACACCGACGGUGAGGGGCGUGAGAAGAGCUGGUGCUUCCUGGACGAGAAGACAAUCCAUCGAUGCCAUGCCAAGGGGUACCAAGUGUGGGAGGACCCGGACACGAAGAAGAAGUGGUCUCGGGACGUGUGCCACAAGGCUGACACUUACGAGGAAAGUUGUAGAUGCUCUGACAUCGGUAUGGUCCCCUCGCGAGGAAGCUCCGGCGUGAACCAGGAACUCCUGAGUGGUAAGGAGUUUCUGUACGGGUCUUUCUGCGAGAAGUGGCAAGGAGACCAGACGCCCGCCAAGGAGUGCUUUGUCGGCUGGGACAGUCCCUGCGUCGACCGGAGGGUGGACACGGACUUAGCCAGCCUUUACGAGGAAGACGGCAUUCCGGCCCAGUACUGGUCAAUGGUCGCCUGCGAUGAUUCGAAGGGUGCUCGCCUGAAAAAUGCCUCCGACGCCUGCGAGAACCUGGAAUAUGUGGCGGACGUGGUCUGCUUGAUUCACCUCUUCUUGUCGAUGCCGAUGGUGGCUGUGCUCUACAACUUCAUCUCCAACCAGUGUGGCGAUGACUUCCAGAUGGAAAGCCAGUUCGCCGUCCAGAGCAGCAGCAGCGACGAGGACGACGACGACAAUGAUGAGUUCCAGGCCGGCAAAGGCAGCGACAAGGCCGAGAGCGAAACUGCGGGCGAUGAUGCUGCUGUCCCGAAGUUCGCCGGCGAAAAUGCCGCUGCGAAGCCUGACGAGGCCAAGGAGAGCUCCUUCUGA